GAUCUUGCUGCUUUCGUGGGAGAAGUCAUUCAAGCAUUUUCAGCGAACAAAAUUCAAAUAAGUCAUGUCGAAACUAGAGAAGAUAAAAUGGGAAAAGGUUGGGACUUAUUGGUCGACUGUGAUGCAACGAAGGACCAAUUGAUAGCGGCGGCUUCAACUUUGACGAAGGAACAUGUGGAACUUACAAGCUUCGCUCUUUACAAAAAGAACGCUAUUGAGGAGGUGCCAUGGUUUCCGCGACAUAUAUCUGAGCUUGACAAAUGUUCCCAUUGCAUCACGAAAUAUGAUCCUACAACGGAUCCCCGCCAUCCGGGCCAUGGCGAUGCUACUUACAUAGCUAGGAGAAACUUUCUAAACGAUCAUGCAAUGGAAUACAGACAUGGCGAUCCAAUACCCAUCGUUGAAUAUACUGAACUGGAGCAUGCAACAUGGAAAGCGGUCUAUGAGAAACUACGAGGACUUCAUGAGAGUCAUACUUGUCUAGCUUAUAGGUUAACCUUAUUUCCUGAUUAA